AUGGCUUCAUACGAACAUCAUUCUCAAACCAUCGCACACCACCACUAUGGCGGAGCCGCUUCUGGCACAUUCCACAGAAACGAUUUGGUCAGCGGAAUGUCGUCUGCCGGAGCCAUUUGCACCACCCAAAUCCGCGACGCUCGUGAGCGUGAGAAGCGGGAGAUCGGAAUGUUGAAUGAUCGUUUGGCGGAUUAUAUUGAGAAGGUCCGCUUCCUCAAAGCACAAAACCACGUGCUCGCCCACGACAUCGAGCUUCUUAAGCGCGGAUUCUCUGGCGGCGGUCAAAUCUCGUCAUUCUUCGAAUCCGAAAUCCAACAAACCUCCCAUACCGUCCAAACCGUCCUAGCCAGUCGCACCAAGUUCCAAAAUGAUGCCACCGCCAUCACUGCCGAGAUUGAUAUCUGGAGAAACAAGUGGCUUCAAGCCGUCGCCGCCGUGAAGGCUCAUCGUGAGGACCAUGACGUCAACUUGGAUAGACUCGCCGAGAUCGAAGCCCAGAUUGCGUUGUUCAAUAGAAAAAUCCGAAUCGUUGACGAGGAUGUAUUGAGAAUCCGUAGAGAGAACGCACAGAUCCAGGGAAACAUUGGAAAUAUUCAUGCGCAAGUCCGUCGCGAGAUCUCGUUGAAAAACGAGCAUACCGCUACGAUCCAAACCCUUCUCCAUCGUGUCAAGACCCUCCAAACCGAGAACUCGACUAGAAUCGAGCAAGAGCUUGUCUACAUCCGUCGUGACACCACCAUUGAGAACCGUGACUACUUCAGAGCCGAACUUCAGGCAGCCAUGAGAGACAUCCGUGCUAACUAUGAAGCGGUCAGCCUUCGUUCCCGUCAAGAAAUUGAAAUUUGGUACCACAAACAGAUCGAAAAGAUCCGCGAGCACAGUCAUAGCCAUGUCUAUGUGGACACUUACAAGGAUGAGCUCAUCAGUAUCAGAUCCACAUUGAGCCAUACACAAAGUCGUUGCGCAGAGAUUGAAUCGAGAAACAGUCUUCUAUCCAGCACGAUAAUGGAUCUGAAGCACCAACAAUCAGAGGAAGCCAGAAUCUUCGAGGCGAUAUUAGCGGAGAAGGACGCGCAGAACGCAAACCUCAGAGAACGCUGCACAGAGAUCAGUAUCCAGAUGGAGAAGCUGUGCGACCACGAAACUUCCCUGCAAGUGGAGUUGGAACGCUACCGUACUCUACUGAAUGGAGCGAAUGUGACAACUUAUCUUUCGAAUUCUACGGGACAUCGAACCUCUCAUGUCACCACUUCGACUACUAGAACCACAGGAGGGUAUGCUGAAAGUAUCACCUCCGGCCACCACCAUCAUCGAGGAGGAAUCAGUGUGGGCGGGAACAUUGGUGGAAUCUCAGUUGGAGGUCAUAUCGAUCGGUCUGGAGUGUCUGGAGGUGUCACCAAUGGAUACCGCCAGAGCUCCUACUCAUACUCGUCUUCUGCAGCAUCCAAUCAUUAG